UUUUCAGAAGAAAAAUGGUAUAAAAUGCGUUGAUUCCGCAUCAGAGUGGCACUUCUCAGCAGCAGCAGAACCAGCAGCAGCAGCAUUUACCGACAUGGCGUCCAAACUGAUCAUCUUGUUCGCUCUGGCCUCUGUGCUCCAGAUCGGCACAUCGACUCCCACGUGGGGUCUUAUCGGCGGUCUGGGAGACGUACUCGGAUCGCUUGGACAGGCCGUAGGUACGAUGGUCAACGCCACCCACGAAGUCGUCUCGGGUAUCGAGAAUACUGUCAACACUGCUAUCCAGACGGGAGAGGAUCUUCUCGUGGACGCCCUUAACACGACUGCUAACGUCGUGUCUGACAUACAGGAGGAUGUCCAAGACCAAGUUGAGACCGCGGUAGAAGGAGUUCUGAACCUGACCGGCAGCGUCUCGUCUGGCAUUCUGAACUCUGUGUCUUCGCUGGCCAACGGCAUCGGCAGCGACGUGGCUCAGGUGAUCGGCCUGCUCGACAACGCGGCCGAAGACAGCGUCGACGCCAUCGUCCAGCUGACGACGAACGCCACCGCCUCCUUGAACCAGCUGGUGGACCUCGCACAGGCAGUGGGCAACGCGAAGCUUAACAUGGUCGUGUCCUCACUCAAAGGGGCUGUGGACACUGUGACGUCACUGGUGGAUUCUCUGGUAGCCGCCAGCAGCAACAGCACAAGCAGCAGACGUUAAAAGUCGGCGCCAGCGUGGAGGAGAGAUUCAUCAGCUUCUUUGUCCUAACAGAUGUACUGUAAUGAUGCGACGCCAUUCGGAAUUGCUGAAUAAAAAUGUGUAAAUGAAAUAA